CCUCCCCUCCUCCUCCCCUCCCAAAUGAGGUUAGCUUUGCAUGACGCAAAAAAAGCAGGCAGCUUAAUUAGCUCUCAUAUCUCUCUCUCUCUCUCUCUCUCCACGAGGAUUUAAGGGCGUCAGUGACCUCUUCUCGUGGGCGCGAGGAGAUCAAGAGGAGAGGAGGAUGGGUGGCGGCGCGCCAUGCGACGUCGACGUCGACGUCGGCGAGCAGCGUCGCGGCGGCGGUGGGCACAGGCUGGUGUGGCGCGGGCGCGGGCGGCGCCGGAAGCUCCCGGUCGUCAGGCUAGGCGGCGGUGGUGGCGGUGGCGGUGGUGGUGGGCGACGGCGGCGCGGGUUCCUGCGGCGGCUGCGGCUGAGGUGGCUGGCGGCGAGGUGGCUCCGGCGCGCCGUGCGCAGGCUGGCGGCGAUCUACGUGGCGGCGCUCGCGGGCCCGCCGCCGCCGUCGUCGCCGUCGCCGUCGUGCCGGCCGUGGAUCGGCGCCGAGCCCCUCUUCGCCGUGCCGUUCAUGCCCAACGUCCGGCCCUUCCUGUGAUCACCAAGCUCCGGCCGGCGACGCGGCGAGCACAUGUCGUCGUCGUCAUCGUCGCAACUCCAUGAGGCCAUCAUGUCCAUCCAGCAAGUGAUCAUCUCCUGAUUCCAUGCAACUUACUAUUAAUUAAUCAGGUGCCACUAAGAACAAAAAUAUUAAUUAAGCAUAUAUAUAUAUAUAUAUAUAUAUAUAUAUAUAUAUAUAUAUAUAUGUGAGCCUCAUCAGGCAUAAUUUGCAUGCGUAAGAAAUCUCUUCUUAAUUUGUUCAGUCUGUUUUUUUUUGUUCUUCUUUUUGAAUCAAGGAAAUGGAGAAGUACUUUCAUCAGUUUCAAUAUUCUUCUCCAUUUCUUUUUAAUUGCCGAAUUGGAUCCACAUGCAUCCAUCCAUCAUUGGUUUGAUUUCUAA